AUGAGUAGUCACACUACACCCACCCUGUCCCAGCAAGCUGCUAUUGAAGACAAACUUGUUUCCCACGCAAUGGCCAGCAACAUCACACUGGACGGCAGCGUGGUACUCGGCAGCGUGCUUCAAGAAUACUGCGGCGAACGCAACAUCAAAUUCCACGCCGUCGUUACAAAGCGUCAGGUGUGGGCCAAUUUCAGCUAUGGGUCGACUAGAUGCCAGCACUGGCGUCACUUUACAGCCGAAUCUGACCUUGUUCCACUCCUUCAGCAGAAUUCGUCAUUUUUCGAUGUGCUCCCACUGCUUGCGAGUAAGGAGGAAGCGCGUCACCAGCCCACUGGUGUCCUCUUUAGUCUGCGCAAGCUUGUUGGCCACAUGGUCACCUGCCAGCGAUGGCAAGAAGAGAAAGAACGAGCACAGGCGGCUCACCGCCCAAUGGAAGCAAUCUGGCUGCUCUCCUCUCUCAACGAAUCGGUGUCGACAACAAGCGGCAGUCAGCUCUGUCUUCCUUACUCCAUGGGAGAGUACGUUCUGACAGCGCAUGCGCCCACCAUUGGUCACAUGCCCGAACGACUUCAAGAUCUGGAGAAACCUCACACAGCCAUCCUAGAGUUCUUGAACGACAAGGCCCCUCUCGUGUACACCAGCGAUCACAUUGGCCGAACACAAGUCCGCAUUUGGUACCAACUCCCAGGAGCCAGCUCCAACGCUCAGCCCCACGUGCAGAGACUGCGUCAGCCACUCGAGCCAGACCCAGAGAUCUUGGUUCAGUUUAACCUCCGUCUCGCUGCUCUCAGUCCUCCUCCUGAGAGCGGCGUCGUGUCUGACUCUGAGGCCGCCCCUCUCUCCUCAGACCAGUAG